UUCAGCGUUUCCGCUUCCGGGCCCCCUGUGCCACAGCUGGAAAGAGAGAGAGUGUGAGUGAGAGAGAGAGAGAGUGUAUGUAUGUGUGUGUGAGUGAGUGAGUGAGGGAGGGCGAGAGAGAGGGGCUGAGGCUCAGUUUCCUUGCAGCUUUAAGAGCAGAAGGGAGACAACAAUGGAAUGAAAGCAAGUCAGUACGUGAGAGAAGAAGCGCCAGGUCUGUCUAAAGGAGAGCGAGUGACCUGCGAUAAGACUUGUUAACCGGACAAUCCCUCGCUCCGCAAGAAUUAAAGGAAACAAUACUUAUUAUAGAUAUACCUUUUGAUAUUAUUAUUCGUUUGGGUUUUCCAAAACAAACUUGAGAUACACCGAAAGGGGCGUUACUUAGUCUUAGUGUGUUUGAAAUGCUUUUGGCAGGAACGGUUUUAAAAAGGAUUUUUACAAUUGAAAUUAUUAUAGAUGCUAAGAGCCGCAAAGUAAUCAGUUUGCCGUUUUCCUAACGCUUCGAUUUUGUUUUUAUAGACACGUGUGCGCCUUUUUUUCCCAGUUUCGUGUCAGAGCUGCACCCUUCUUCCUGCUCUCCACUGAAGGUAUUUUAAGACUUACCUGUGCUCGCUGGGGUAGUUGUGUUGAGCAAAGCAACUACUGUUUCCUUUUUAAUGCUUUUUAGUUGUUUUCUUGGAGAGAGAGUAAAUUUGCACGAGUCGAGUUUGGUCUUUGCUGGCUUGGAGUGCAGUUUCUAAAGGAAGCAUUUCCGCCUUCUCUGUUUUCUUUGCAGUGUAUCUUUGAAGAACUGGGAAUUAAGAAGUCGAAGAUUUAUACUUUCUGUAAUUUGUGCUACAGUCCAUUUUACUUGUAGACAAACGUUCACUAUUUUUUUAAACUACACAUCUAACAGUCUUUGCUCUUUUCCCGGGUUUGAGGCACACAUAUAUUUUUUUCUUUUUUAGGGAGUGUUUUAUUUAUGCUGUUAAACACGAAAGGCCAGCUAUCUUUCGGUGUUUAUGUAUUGUUUAGUUUAUUAUUUGAAAACGUUUCGCAUUUUCGCGGGGGAACUGGACUGCACAUUAUUUGGUACUUUCAAUUUUGAAGCAUAGUUCAGGCAAUACUUUCCACGUAGCUUUAACGAGGCACAUUAUUUGUUAUAGAUAUUUUAGGUGUGUGUUUUCAGCACCUUUCAUUAUUUUUGUUUGCCCUAAAAAUGAAGGGUCGUGAUAUUUGCACUUUAUAGAACACCACUAUUCUCAUAGUUUCCUUUAUAUAUACGUUACUACGCUCCUUAACUGAAGAGCCUGAAGCCAAACAUACAGUCCAUUACUGCUGGCUUUUAUGUUUUGAUAAGCACACCCAUGAGGGAGUAUAAGGUCGUUGUUCUGGGGAGCGGAGGGGUUGGCAAGUCUGCUUUGACAGUCCAGUUUGUUACUGGGACGUUUAUUGAAAAAUAUGAUCCAACCAUCGAAGAUUUUUACAGAAAGGAGAUCGAGGUGGAUUCCUCGCCUUCUGUGCUUGAAAUAUUGGACACUGCAGGGACAGAGCAGUUUGCUUCCAUGAGGGACCUCUACAUCAAGAACGGACAAGGGUUCAUCCUGGUAUAUAGCCUCGUCAACCAACAGUCGUUCCAGGACAUAAAACCAAUGAGGGACCAAAUUGUCCGUGUGAAACGAUAUGAGAAGGUGCCAUUGAUCCUAGUGGGGAACAAAGUGGAUCUGGAAUUGGAGAGAGAGGUGUCGGGGGUUGAUGGGCGCUCUCUUGCACAAGAAUGGGGUUGCCCAUUCAUGGAGACUUCAGCUAAGAGCAAGACUAUGGUUGAUGAACUUUUUGCAGAAAUAGUUCGGCAGAUGAAUUAUGCAUCUCUUCCUGAAAAGCAGGACCAGUGCUGCACCACCUGUGUUGUUCAAUGAUAUUUGAAAAUGGAGGAAGUCCAAGCAUGGCCAUGCUGAUAAAAGAUUCAUCAUCUUGGAGGAGAUCUUGCAGAGCCCACUGCUUACAAGACCUUUACCGGCCCACCCAGUGCAGAUCUGAGCCUUGAAUCGAGAUCUCUGCACUGGGCUGAAACCUCUGUUGCGCUUACUAACAAGUCGUUUGUGUCAGUCGCCGUAUUCGGGCAUUCUGCUUUAAACUCCAGAAUGAAAUAUACAUAAACUAUAUACUGUAUGACAGAGAGAGAGACUGAUUUUAAUUCUGUAUUACAAUAAAAACUUGUUUUUAAAUAAUAUCUUAGUUUGGAGGCAUAAAAUUAGGGAGUCUGUGUUCUAGAAAAGAGUUCAGUUUGCCCCAGUGUCUGAAACAUCCUAUAGUGACAAUAUCCCUAACUUUAUUUUUGUUUUAAAACUAUUAAACUUACAGUUUCUGGAGUGCACGAUACUUAUUAUGCAAAUACCCCAGUUUACUACUAUUAUUUUUACUACUUGUAGUUUUUCCAUCUUGGGUUAAUUUUCCUUAAAUAUUUAUUACAUUCUUGCAUACAGUGUUGGACACCCAUCACCUUUUUAUAUUAAACGUUUAUGGGCAAGUUGUAAUGAGCCUUAAAAUCCGUGUUCUGUAUGUCUUAUCAACACGACUUUCUUUUGAACUACGAACGAGAGGUGGUGCUGUGCUGCGUUAUCUGAUCCUAGAGGCAGGCUGCUCCUAAUAGUGUUUAAAGAACCUUCUCUUCAUCUUUGUCCCUCCUUUUCUAAAUGCAGCACACAAAGGUUGGACAAAGCUGUGCAGACGCAUGUUGCGGACGUCAGGGUUUUCCUUUUAGAGUCCGCUCAUAUUGGGGAUUCUGAUCAAUCAUAGCGCCUUUUAUUGACGAGCACAGAAUGAAGCUGGGAUUUGUGACUCUGUGGUUCACUAGUUGCACACUCGGAUUGCUAAAUAUGUUUGAAAUGCAAAUUGUGUGUGUCUGUUACACAUCCACAGUACACAUCCAGCUCUCAGGAACUUUUUCAGUCAAUAAAUAGCACCCAAAGCAAAAGCAGGAAGAAUGUCCUGAAUUAAGUCGUCUUAAUUUAAAAGAUAGUUUGAUCUUAAAAACAAAACACCCCAAUAACUGCGUCAUGCGUAUUUUGGAAAAAGCUAAACUAAUCCAAAACAAGGAUUGGCCAAGUUAACUGUACUUUAAUAGUUUCAGUGCAUAUGUCAGAAAACCAAACCCCCCGUUUGUAAGCCCUGAGGUGGUGUUUUUCUAGAGCAGAUCAGGGCAGUUGCUAACCACAGAGGUUGUUGGGGAGUUCAUGAUUUGAUGGAAAGUUUCUGUUAAAAACAAGUAAAGCUUCUCCACUGGUCCAGUGCACCCCAUCACAUGCACAUUGCCAUCCCCCCAAGUUUAGUACAAUGGCAGGGGAUGCUGAGGCACUUUAUUAAAAGCUUGACAACUGAUUUCACAGCAUGGAAAACGGAGAAGGACAAAGGCAGUGAAGGACUAGAGAUGUGUUGCAUUGGGUCCCUUACUUGACGUCAAUUUACUUUUUUUUCCCCUCUCUAUACGAAUUCCUUUGAUUUCUCAGGUUUUAUUAACUUAAAUCGACCAGAUAUUUUGACUUUGUGAAUUUCCUUUUCUUUUCCUGACAAUGAAACCUCGGAUGAGGUUAGGAAAACCAAAUUGACCAAGUUGCUUGAUGGGACAGCUUUGUGACUGUGAGAGGGGAAGAAUUCAGAACAGUGGAGGCACAAAGUCCACUGGGAACUGUCGCUCAGGUCUUACAAAUUACUUGUGAGGCUGCUGUGAUGUUUCUAAUAAAAUUUUAUUUUAUUGUCA